UAUCACACCGAAGUUCCCCACUGUUCCUUGCUAAGCACAAACAUUGACCGAUGAUGCUCUCUUCUCCAAAUUCCCAUGUUUUAAGCAGCCUCUCUCUCUCUCUCUCUCUCUCUCUCUCUUCUAUGUUCAAAAGAAUAAACAAGCAUUUCCUUCUCUCUAUUAUCUCUCUCAUGGCUACUCAAGGCGAUCUCUCCUUGUAUUCUCGCUGCCCAAACUUCUCCUCCACCCUCCUCUUCUUCAUCUUCAUCUGCUUCAGUGUCAUUCCCUCCUCUGCAGUCAAUUAUAUCUCUUCCAAUUACUCUCUCUCUGGAAACCAGACCAUCACCUCCGCAGGUGGUGACUUCGCGCUAGGCUUUUUCCAAUCUGGUAAAGGGACCCCCAACAGAUACUACAUCGGCAUCUGGUUCAACAAGGUACCAAAGCUUACUUCCAUCUGGGUGGCAAACAGAGACACUCCCAUACCUGACCCGGCUGCAGCGCAACUCAAGAUCUCCGAUGAUGGCAACUUAGUCCUCCUCAGCCAGUCUCGUACACAGCUACUCUGGUCCACUAACAUCACCUCCCUGGCCUCCAACUCCACGGUUGCUGAGAUCUUGGACUCUGGAAACCUGGUUUUGAGAGACCGGUCGGAUCCAUCCAAGCUCCUGUGGCAGAGCUUUGAUCACCCGACCGAUACAUGGCUCCCUGGGGCAGAGUUUGUUCUGAACAAGGUGACCCGGAAGGGCCACGUCCUCACUUCAUGGAGGAACUCCGAUGAUCCUGCUGCUGGACUCUUCUCCUUGGAGUUGGAUCCCACCGGUAUACGCCAAGUCAUUUUGCUUUGGAACAUGUCUGAGCAGUACUGGAGCACAGGGCCUUGGAACGGCCACUUCUUUAGCUCGAUCCCGGAGAUGACGGCCUACCGCGAGAACCCGACCGUCGUCAACGUUUCUGUCGAGUUCUUCUCCAACUCCACCACGAACUACUUCGUCUACCAACUCAGGGGUGAUAUGAUUACCAGAACUGUAAUAGAUGUCUCCGGCCAGCUCAAGCAGCUUGCUUGGGUGGAAGCAGUCCAGGACUGGAUCCAGUUCUUGUCUCUGCCCAAGCAGCAGUGCGAUGUCUUCGCUGUCUGUGGGCCUUUCGGCAGCUGCAACGAGAAUGGCUUGCCGUUCUGCAACUGCGUUGAAGGGUUCGGCAAGAAGUCUCCCGGUGACUGGAAAUUGGGCGAUCGAAGCCAGGGAUGUGCAAGAAACACCCCGUUGCAGUGCGGCAACUAUGGCUCGGCUGAUGGGACCAAGGACUGGUUCUUGGCUGUCUCGAGCACCCGAUUGCCCGAUGAUCCCCACGCGACGGCGGCUGCCAGUGCUGAGGAGUGUGAGCUGUUUUGCUUGGAUAACUGUUCAUGUACUGCUUUCUACUACUAUAAUGGUUGGUGUUCGGUCUGGUACGGUGGUUUGCUGAAUCUCCAAGAGCCGUCGGAUGGAUACGUCGGAGAAACACUGUAUGUUCGUUUAGCUGCUUCCGAGCUGCCAAGACAACCCAGAAUCAAGAAAAGAACAGCUCUCAAGUUUGUGGUGGUCGGCGUUGCCAUCGUUUUGGCUCUAUUGGCUUUUGCCUUGGCGAUCUUCCUGGUGCGUCGUCGGAGAAGAAGACAUGGAUCUAAUGAAGAAGCAGAGGGGAAUCUGGUGGUCUUCAGGUACGGUGACCUGCAACGAAUGACCCGGAACUUCUCGGAGAGAUUGGGCGGGGGAGGCUUUGGUUCAGUGUACAAAGGGACGCUCCCUGAUUCCACUUCCAUAGCUGUGAAGAAGCUCAGAGGCCUUCACCGUCAGGGAGAGAAGCAAUUCCGAAGCGAGGUGAGCACUCUUGGAAUGAUUCAGCAUGUCAACCUGGUUCGACUUCGUGGAUUCUGCUCCGAAGGUAACAAUAGGUUGCUGGUCUACGAUUACAUGACGAAGGGUUCCCUAAACGAACAUCUCUUCCGGAGAGGUUCUCCGGCGAUCGACUGGAACACGAGGUACAACAUCGCCAUCGGAACUGCUCGAGGACUGGCUUAUCUCCAUGAGCAAUGCAGGGACUGCAUCAUACAUUGCGAUGUAAAGCCAGAGAACAUACUCUUGGACGAAUCCUUCCAUCCAAAGCUGGCCGACUUCGGCCUGGCCAAGCUUGUGGGCAGAGACUUCAGCAAAGUUCUGACGACAAUGAGAGGAACCGUAGGCUAUCUUGCUCCGGAAUGGAUCUCCGGCGAGGCCAUCACCCCCAAAGCUGAUACCUACAGCUACGGAAUGACACUCUUAGAACUGGUAUCUGGUAGAAGAAACAGGGAACAGCCAGGGGAAGACAGUCCCUACUUCCCUGUGUUAGCAGCCAGAGAAGUCAUCGAAGGCAAUGUUCUUAGCUUGUUGGAUCCAAGGCUUAAUGCAAAUGCCGACUUGAGAGAGCUUGAGAGAGCAUGCAAAGUAGCUUGCUGGUGUAUUCAGGAUGAUGAAGCUCACAGGCCAUCAAUGGCACAGGUUGUUCAGAUUCUGGAGGGUGCACUUGAAGUUGAAGUGGCUCCCAUUCCGAGGGCACUCCAAGUUCUUGCAGAUGACCAGAACACCAAAUGCAUAUGCAUCUUCUCAGAGACAUCCUCAGGUCAGAGUUCCAUGAAAACACUUUCUGGCUGGAGUAGUUCUCAAAUGGAAAGCCGCACUUCAGAAGUCUAAAGAUAUUGUUGGCUUCUUAUUGCCAGUCAACUGACUUGAGAUGGAAUUAAUUGUGAGAGCUUAGAUUCUUUUACCAGAUUUUGACCUUUAGAUUGUAUCAAUAGAGGGAUUUUUCCUUCCCUUCUUUUGUAGGAACCUUGAUUUUAAUUAUGACUCUUAAUUUGUUUCUCGGA